AUGAUUAAGUGUGUGAAAAAAGUGGUUGAUUUUAGUGCAAGUAUCAUAGCUCUACUUGGUUUGGCUAUUUUAUGUUUUGGAAUAUAUGUAUUAUACAAAUAAGUAGGAUUAAAUUAUUCAGGUAUAAUCAUAUAUUUAUAAUUAGAUCUCUAUUUUAAUACUGCAGAUUGGUUAAAAACAUUAUAAGAAUAUGGAUUUAUCAUAUUAGGAAUUGUGAUUAUGAUAAUUGGAAUGGCAGGUAUUGAUGGAGCAUCUAAGAAAAAGAGAUCAUGUAGAAAGUUUUCAUUGUUAAUUUAUCAGAUUGGGGCCCUUAUAUUUUUUAUAUUAUGUUCAAGUUUAGCUGUUUUCACUCUAGUAUAUUCAAAUGAUGCUUUUGGAAAAGGUAGUUAAUCAAUUUAUAUCUUAUAGAAUGCACCGGAACUCCUUAUUUUGAAACUAUUGAUUCUCAAAUCAAACUCGCAGAUUAAUUAUUUUGUUCUAACUAAUGUUAAUGUUAUAUCACCUAAGAAACAUUUGAUCAUAAUUAAUCGGUAUUUGCUGGUAAAAACUAUACAACUGAUAAAAAUGUUAUAGAAAAAAUAGAAUAGAUUUAAAAAUGUCCCUAAUAUGAAGUUGAUUCAUAUGCUGCUGCUGCUCAAAUGAUGUAGGCUGCAGAAACUAUAUUACAUUGCACUGGUUGGUGCACUCCUACAUCUUAUUAUAUAUUUAGUGAUAUUAAUGAUGAUUCAUAUGAUGGAUAGAGUUGUUUCAAGGAAACCAAAGAGUUUGUAGAAUCGACUGGAAAAAUAUUGGGUUAUGUUCUAUUAGGAUUAGCACUAUUAUUUGGUUUGAAUGUUUUAUUUGUGAUCCUUUUAUGUUGUCAAUCAGAGAGAAAACAUAGAACUGAUUAUCUCAUGUAUGAAACCUGAA